AUGGUGCCCGCCGACAUUGUCUUGCAGCUCUUGCUGGUGUGGGCCCUGUUCUCGCUGUCAUUUCAGGCCCGUGCGUGCUCCGGCCCCGCUGACGCCCGUCCGCUCUACCGCAAGUACAAGGCGGCCGGGUACGACCACAUGUACACUACCGACCUGGGCGAGUACAAUGCGAACAACGGGUGGACGCAGGAGGGCGUCCGCGCGCUGGUGUUCACGACGCAGGUCCCGGGGAGCGUGAAGCUCUACCGUUUAUGGAGCGGGGUUGCAAUUGACCAUCUCUACACAACCGACAAGUCUGAGGGUGACAAGGCCACGCAGACCGGCGGCUACGUCUACGAGGACGCGGCGCUCUACGUGUACCCGUCCGCGCAGUGCGGCGCUGUCCCGCUGUACCGGCUUUACCUCGGCGGCGACGGCAAGGACCACUUCUACACCGCCGACCCCGCCGAGCGCGACCAGGCCGUGGGGCUCGGAUACAAAUACGAGUGGGUCGCGGGGUAUGUCUUUCCAAAGGAUGCCGCCCAGCAGCAGCAGCAACAACAGACAACAACCAAGGGCCAGCCUGAUCCCGGCGCGCCGCCGGCACAGCCUUCCCGCACCAACAACGGUACUCCCAACGCGGGCUCCAAUCCCCCAACGGCGGGCGGGUCCGGCGGGACAACCCUGGCAGCGAGCGGCGGCCCCGGGCUACUGACGUACACCGGUUCGGUGCUACCCGCAGCGACGUCGCUACUUCCCAGUGGGCAGAACACGAACGCCAAUGGAGACAACCAGAAAAAAAUUGGGAGUGGGGUGAGUGGGGGUGGGCUUAUAGCGCUGAGUUUGCUUGAGAUUGUAUACUUAAUUGCAUGA